GGUUGUCAGUAAAUAUUUGUUGAAUGAAUAAAUAGAACCAUGAGGCUUUUCAGAGUGUCCUAUGGAAGUGAGUCAAAAAAGCAGACUUGUAAAAGUAAACUGUCCACUUAGAGAUGAAAGGAAGGCUGAUGGUGAAUACUGGGAAGAAGAGAAAAUUGGAGGGAAAUAAAUUAGACAUAUGUUUCUUUUCUGGGUUUCAAGAGGAAAUAAGAAGGAAACAUAGGGUAACUUUCCAAAGAGAAUUAGCUGAAAAGCCAGCAACGAAAGCUUGCUCAUACAAGCUGACAACAUUCUAAAAGGGACUGGGCACCAACCCCACUGGAGGCUGAGCCGACCGCAGACGAGAGAGAAGGAAGGAUGGAAUACGAGGGUGAGAAACAACAACCAGCUGAAAAGUAGGGGCUGUUUCAUCUCCUUCCCAACCUUAAGGUCUUGUGAGUACCUAAGCCCCAGAGCCUCUUGAUAUGAACAUGGCUGACUCUCAGGACAAUGCUCUGAGGAUUGUUCUGGUAGGGAAAACUGGAAGUGGGAAAAGUGCAACAGCAAACACCAUCCUCGGAAAAAAAGUAUUUGCUUCUAAAAUUGCUGCCCAUGCUGUUACCCCAACCUGUCAAAAGGAAUCUCGGGAAUGGAAGGGCAGGGACCUUCUUGUUGUUGACACCCCAGGGCUCUUUGACACCGGGAAGAGCAAGGAGACCACCUGUGAGGAAAUCAGCACGUGUGUCCUCUCCUCCUGCCCCGGGCCUCACGCCAUCGUCAUGGUUCUGCGGUUGGGCCGCUACACAGAGGAAGAGCAGAAAACCGUUGCAUUGAUCAAAAAUCUCUUUGGGAAGGCAGCCAUGAAGCAUAUGAUCAUCUUGUUCACUCGCAAAGAUGAAUUGGAGGAUCAGAGCCUAAGUGACUUUAUAGCAGCGGCGGAUGUGAAGCUAAGAAACAUCAUCCAGGAGUGUGAGAACCGCUACUGCGCCUUCAACAACAGAGCAGACGAAGCUGAGAAGGAAGCUCAAGUGCAGGAGCUGGUGGAGCUGGUGGAGAAAAUGGUGCAUGACAAUGGAGGGGCUCACUUUUCGGAUGCCAUAUACAAAGACGCAGAGGAAAGGCUGAAACGACGGGCAGAGGACUUGAAGAAAAUCUACACUGAUCAAUUAAAUAAUGAAAUUAAACUAGUAGAACAGGAAUAUGCUGAUAAAAUAAAAUAUGCACAGCAAGAAAAAGAGGAAAAAAUUAAAUUACUAAAGAUGAAAUAUGAUGAACGAAUAAAAAAUAUAAGGCAAGAAUCUGAGAAUAGUGUAUACCAAAAUGUUUUUAAUCGGAUUAUCAUGAUGCUUUCAAGAAUAUGGCAUAUGUUUUGGUAGUAAUGUAAAUUUCAUUUUUCUUUCUUAAUUUACUAUGAUUGUUAAUGUAGAGGAUUAUAAUUUCCAAAGAUGGCUACAAUUGUAUCUUCUAUCCUACUUAUUCUUUUUACAAUCUGACCUUGUUACUUCUUCCAUUGAGUUAUGAGAUCUGUGUCUUCUACCCUGAAAUUGGAUGGACUUUGUGACUGCUUUGAUAAAUAGUGGAUACGUGAAGCAACACCAUGUGACUUCUAAAGUUCGAUAGGAAAAUUGCAUCCUUGCUUUCUUGGGGUGCUUGCCCUUGGGACUUGGCCACCGUGUUAUGAGGGAGCCCAAGUUGCCCGUUGAGAGGCCUACAGGCAGAGAAUUUGAAGUCACUGGCCCACUCCCCUGACUGAUCUUUCAUCUGCCAGCCAUGCAAGUGAGGCAACACAGAAGUGCAUUCUCCAGCUGCUGACAGAGCCACCUCUGAUGAAGCUGCAAAGAGCAAAGAUGAGCCAUUCCCACUGAGUCCUGCCCAAAUUGCAGAUUCAUGAGAAAAAUAAAUGACUUUUGUUGUUUUAAA